AUGGAGUAUAGUGCACCACUGAUGUUAGUGUUCUUGUUGUUACAGAGUGUGUAUGGCAGAUUGCCUGGCAUAGCAGAACUUGACGAAGACGACAACGAGGAGGAAGAGGAGGAGGAAGAAGAUGCUGUAGCUGAGGAGAACUGGGAAACCACUUUAAGGGCCUCCUUAGAAGGACUUUACAUCCCGUAUGCCAGUGUAGAGGGAGUCUUGGUCAGCCAAGUGAAGCAGUGCAUUGAUGAGCAGUUUGAUGGGAACUGGGAUCAGUUUAGACACGAGUUCCUUGGGCCCACGGUAGAGCUUUUAAGGAAAAUCAAAGCUGCUGCCAGGGCUAAUAUUUCCACUCACUUGGCAAGUGCACAUAAAGGCUGGCCGUUGUGCUGGGAAAACUGUGUCAUUAUCCACUUAAACGAUCCACCUAGGAACUUACUACGGGACGGUGACUUUUACCUUUGUUUAAAAUGCAAUAUUAAAGACAGCGUUGAUGUUAUUGAAAACGACAACAGCAACCGUAAAGACAGCUCCAGCAGUAACAACAGUGCCGAUAUUGGAUUAGUUUUGCGAUACUCCUCACCAAAUGAUCAACUUCAGGAUAUCAGUAUUGAAGACGUCCGCAAUUUAUUCAAGAUGUCUGGGAUAUAUACACUGAAGGAUGAUGGGAGUAAUUUGCGUGUCGUGCUCCGCCAUUGCCUCUUGGCAGUGGAACAGGGAGUUCAGAGAUUACGCUGGGACGAGGUGGUGUCUGGAAGUGCCGAAUAUCAGUCUCCCAUUGCCGCCAUUGUGGAUAGCGUAGUACAGGAAAACAGUACUGGUAAGUUCAUAUCAUGAUGUCAUGAUAUGUAGUU